AUGCUGCAUGAUUUCACUUUCCAGGUCAAGCGGAUGGAAGCUCGUUUGAAUCUUUUACGAAACAAAGUUAUGAGUGAGGAAGCCAAACAACUGCAGUUGGAAUCCUUGGAACGUGAAAUGGACCUCGAACUUAACGCGCAGAAGACUAAGAUCGGUAUGAAGCUGCGGCAAACCGGAGCUAGAUUGGCAGAAGCUCGUGCAGAACUGGCGACUCGUGAACGUCGACUGGAGCAGAUCGAAGCAAGGUAUGACACGCAACCACAUCUUGUUUGA